AUGGCACGCCCGCCAUUAUUCCCCGAUCAGUCCGCAGCUGGCAUAGCGAUCGAUCCACGCACCCUUGAGCGUGUUAUACCAGAAUCAAAGAGAUCAGAUGGAACUGUGCGCAAGCAGCUUAAGAUUAGGCCUGGAUUCACACCCCAGGAAGAUGUCUCUCGGUUCCGUGGAUCACGCCAGCAGGCGUUGGAUGCCACAGCCCUUCCAAAGGGUCACAUAUUAGGCUGGGUUGCGCCCUCUGCUGCUGCAUCAUCGAAAGGCAAGACCGCUACUCCACCUCCAAAUAAGAAUGCGAAAAAGCGCGCCAAUGCUCGAGCUAAGAAAAAUGCGGACAAGGCAGCUGUUAUCAAAGAUAACUGGGAGGAUGAGGAGGAGGGGGAAGAUGAAGCAGCAGCUGAUGUGAAAGUAGCCACCGAGGAGUCGAAGGAGGGAAGCUCGGAGACUAGUAGCACGAACGAUGCAACGACAGGAUCGCACACUGAAGACAAGCCGAACCGGACCGCCGCACCAGAUUCAAAUUUAAAUCCAUCAUCAGCAAAUCAAAGCGCUGUUGAGCUUUCGGACAAACUUGAGAAGCUACAAGUCAAAUGA